AUGAAGGUUUCUGUGGCUACUGCCCUGACGAUGGGCGCGUCCACCGUUCUCGGUGCCGCGACCAACAUGAAGCGUGACAGCAAGAUCACCCCCAUCACAGUGAAGGGUAAUGCCUUCUUCAAGGGUGAUGACCGCUUCUACAUUCGUGGUGUCGACUACCAGCCCGGUGGUUCCUCCGAUCUUGCCGACCCCAUCGCCGAUGCCACCGCCUGCAAGCGUGACAUUAAGAACUUCAAGGACCUCGGUCUCAACACCAUUCGUGUCUACUCCGUGGACAACUCCGCCGACCACGACGAGUGCAUGACCGCUCUCGCCGAUGCCGGCAUCUACCUGGUUCUGGACGUCAACACCCCCAAGUACUCCCUGAACCGUGCCGAGCCCAAGCAGUCCUACAACGAUGUCUACCUGCAGUACAUCUUCGCGACCAUGGACAAGUUCGCCAAGUACGACAACACCCUGGCCUUCUUCUCCGGUAACGAGGUCAUCAACGACGGCCCCUCCUCCAAGGCCGCUCCCUACGUCAAGGCCGUCACCCGUGACAUGCGUACCUACCUCCGUGCCCAGAAGCUCCGUGAGGUCCCCGUCGGCUACUCCGCCGCCGAUGUCGACACCAACCGUCUCGAGAUGGCCGAGUACAUGAACUGCGGUACCGAUGACGAGCGCUCCGACUUCUUCGCCUUCAACGACUACUCCUGGUGUGACCCCUCUUCCUUCACCACCUCCGGCUGGGACCAGAAGGUCAAGAACUUCACCGGCUACGGUCUCCCCCUCUUCCUCUCCGAGUACGGCUGCAACACCAACACCCGCAAGUUCGAGGAGGUCUCCGCCCUCUACUCCACCAAGAUGACCGGCGUCUACUCCGGUGGUCUCGUCUACGAGUACAGCGAGGCCGGCAACAAGUACGGACUCGUCAAGAUCUCCGGUGACGACGUCAAGACCCUCGACGACUACGACGCUCUCAAGUCCGCCUUUGACAAGACCGACAACCCCACCGGCGACGGCAACUACAACUCCACCGGUGGUGCUUCCGGCUGCCCAGUCAAGAACGCCCCCAACUGGGACGUCGACACCGAUGCUCUCCCCGCCAUGCCCUCCCCCGCCAAGAAGUACCUGACCGACGGUGCCGGCAAGGGUGUUGGCUUCAGUGGAAAGGGCUCCCAGAACUCCGGCACUGCCUCUUCUGGCACUGCCAGCGCCGGCUCUGGCUCCGUCGCCUCUGCCACCGCCGGUGGCAGCGCCGCCAGCUCCACCAGCUCCGAGGGUGCCGCCGCCAACCUGAAGCCCAUGCAGGUUUCCUUCGCCCCCGUUGCUGUCGGCGCUGUGACUGUCCUGUCGACUCUGUUCGGCGCUGGCUUCCUGUUCCUGUAA